AAGCCUUGAUUCCCAGGGAAGAAUGGCAGUGACCCCGCACGGAUUGGGGACCCAGUCAGGCAGCCCAGAAAGAGGGACAUUGUACAAACAGAUGUAAAGACUCACUAACAUGUGUGAACCUGUCUGCAAGUCUGGAAAGAAUCCAGUUUCAACCAAUUGGUUCCAUCUGAAUAUGUUCCAGCUCAUCCGACGUUCCACCACGAGGUUAAGAGAUAUGGAGAUUUCCACAAGGAUUUGGAGAGGAGCCCCAGUAGUUACUAAAAUUCUGCAUUAGAUCUGUCAGGAAAGAUAGAUGGACUUCAAGGCAAUUGCCCAACAAACUGCCCAAGAAGUUUUAGGUUGUAAUCGAGAUACAUCAGGCUGGAAAGUGGUUAAAACUUCACUAAUUAUUGGUGGAUUUUUAUUCUCCUUUGAGAAAAAGAUAACUGUUUCCAGUAAGGCUUCUAGAAAAUUCCAUGGAAAUCUAUAUUGUGUUGAAGGGAUAAUUCCAGAAUCAGCAGCUAAACUAUCUGAUUUCCUCUACCAAACUGGAGACAGAAUUACAUGGGAUAAAUCAUUGCAAGUGUAUAAUAUGCUACACAGGAUUGAUUCGGACACAUUCAUAUGUCAUACCAUUACACAAAGUUUUGCCAUGGGCUCCAUUUCCCCUCGAGACUUUAUCGACUUAGUGUACAUCAAGCGCUAUGAAGGAAAUAUGAACAUUAUCAGUUUUAAAAGUGUGGAUUUUCCAGAAUAUCCUCCAUCUUCAAAUUAUAUCCGCGGUUAUAACCAUCCUUGUGGCUUUGUAUGUUCACCAAUGAAAGAAAACCCAGCAUAUUCCAAACUAGUGAUGUUUGUCCAGACAGAAAUGAGAGGAAAAUUGUCCCCAUCAAUAAUUGAAAAAACCAUGCCUUCCAACUUAGUAAACUUCAUCCUCAAUGCAAAAGAUGGAAUAAAGGCACACAAAACUCCAUCAAGACGUGGAUUUCAUCAUAAUAGUCAUUCAUGAUACCAAGAGAAGAAAUGAGGCCAUUCUGCUAUAAAAUCAUGUGUAGUAGUUAUUGCUGUUUACUUCUAAGUCAACACACAUAAAUAAUACUGUUAAACUAUUCUAGACAGUAUUCUUGUACACAUGGCUGAAGAUAGUUCAUAAAAAUAAGAACUCAUAGUUGUACAAGAAUAUGGCAUUAAAUACAGUUUUUAAUCUCACAUAAGAAUGAUGUUAAAUAAAAGUGUUAUUAGUAUA